GUGUAUCUGGUGAAAUGAUAGUGGAGGAACAGACCAAAGGUCACCUCAGUGUCUCCCAACUCACUGUAGGUGAUGUAGUCCGUGGUAUCAAGGGAGCAGAACGGGCUUCUGCUUGGUGCGAAGUGAGGGCCAUCUACCCUUUACCACAAAAUGGGACCCGAACCACUUACGACGGCUUCACAGAUACUCAUAUGGUCGUGGAUGGAACGGUUCACCAAUACGGUGUUCGUGAGAAUGGAACAGUGCGCAUUGGUCCCGUGUAUACGCUUGCUACUGACUGUGAUGCGUCUGUGAAUUCAGCUGGUCAGGUCUUCACUCCUAUCAACAACGGGCUCUGUCCGUUUGAGCUGAGCUGGGACGAGUACCUCACACUGAUUACUGCCAUUCGGCGAGUGGCCAAUCGAACUGGAUACUUCUGGUUUGACUUGAGCGCCUACCACAACAAUGAAAGCGCCAUGAUGCCGUAUUGGGGAAUGCAGCUACCUGCAAUAUGCCGCAGUUUUCUGCGAUGCGCUCGUGAGGACCAGUGCCAAGAGUUUGAGAUCAUCAUGGAGCGGUUCGUGCACGAGUAUCUGAACAAAGAAUACGUGGAGAUCGUUGAACGCGUCUUUCCCAACAUGGGCAGUGAUGUAAGCAAGGAGCAAAGAGGAACCUUUACAGAAGUGGUUCGUCCAGAAAAACGAAAGAAUUACCUGGUGCUGUUUACUGCCGUGGGAAGCGCCCUGUUUGCGCUUGGAAUCAUCGUGGCUGCAGUGUUGUUGUACCGCGGACGAAGGAUGAAGAGGAUGACAGUAACCGAGCUGGGACCCAAGAAAACCAGUCCUACGGUUUCAUGAAGUUUUGAACUCCAUGUCACUUACUUUUUUUGAGCUCAAGUUAGUUGCGCAAUUCCCAUAUUCUGUAGGUUGUUUAUUAAGUUAAAAGAUUUCGUUACUUAGGUGAAUAGACACUGAUUUUUAUUCAUGAAAAUUACAGAACUAACCCAUUAUUAAAACAAUACAUAGAUGCACUUAGCAUCGAGGGGUGUCAGUUGAUAUCUGUGCAUGAUAACUAACUCAUUACGAUCGGGAGAAAACAGGAAAACUGUAAGUUUGAUUUAUCUAAGUUUUAACUGAAGCUUCAUUAUGUAUUCAAGCUUUUUAUUCCAUUUGCAGUUGCUGGUAGAGAGGCAAUAAAAACAUGUCUGUGAAGUC